GGCUCACUGGCCCCGGCGCUGCUGGUUUCCGUCUUCGGUGUGCUUAGUAAGUGCGUAGCGUAGCACGGCGCCGUGGAGAUGCCCGGCCGUGGGUCGCAGUCGGACCCCAGCCCCGCGCCGCUCUCCACCGACCUCUCCACGGCACACAAGGACGACCUUGGCAGCAAGAUUAAAGAACAAAAAAUUAUUGUGGAUGAACUGUCUAACCUGAAGAAGAGUCGGAAAGUGUACAGGCAGCAACAGAACAGCAACAUAUUCUUUCUUGCAGAUCGAGCAGAAAUGCUUUCUGAAAGCAAAAAUACAUUAGAUGAACUAAGAAAAGAAUACCAAGAAAUAGAAAACUCAGAGAAGACCAAAGUCAAGAAAUAGUCACCGUGAUUUCACCUAACGAUGUGCGGCAUUUGUUGUUCUGUAAGCUUUUCUGUUGAGCAUGUCAGUAAAGAUUUAGAAGAAGAUUUACUAUACAGUCUUAGACGACGGGGACCCAACAGUGACAAACAGUUGUUAAAAUCUGAUGUUAAUUAUCAGUGUUUAUUUUCUGGUCAUGUUCUUCAUUUGAGAGGUGCCUUGACUGUCCAGCCUGUGGAAGAUGAAAGAGGCAAUGUGUUCCUAUGGAAUGGGGAAGUUUUUAAUGGGAUAAAGGUUGAAGCUGAGGAGAA